CUAUUAUAUAUUUACAAUAAAUAUAUUAAUAAAUGAACAAAAAAUAUUUAUGUGUGUGUGUAUAAAUUUUUCUUACUCAUACAUAUAUUGUAGAAAAAGUAAUAUAAUAUAUUAUAGUUGAUAAUCACGGAUUGUAACAUGUGCGCCAUGUGAAUUUUGUUUGCUAGUGUGGGAUAAAAAAAAACAUUAAAUAUCUAAACAGAUAAGAAGUUAAAUCAAUUUUUCAUUGUUCUUUAAUAGAAUACAUUAUCAGUUUUAAUUGAGUGUAUUAUAAUAUUAAAAAAAAAAAAAAAUGCCGAAGGGUAAAACGAAGAAGUUUAUUGACAAGAAAAAUUCAGUCACAUUUCAUUUAGUACAUCGUUCACAAAAAGAUCCAUUGAUAGCUGAUGAAACAGCACCACAAAGAGUACUUGUGCCAGCUGGCGAAACACAAGCUACUAAAUUAGAAAAGAAACCAUUGGAUAAGAAAAAACGUGUAGAAGAACAGCAAAAAUAUGGAAUAUAUUUUGAUGAUGAUUAUGACUACUUGCAACAUUUAAAAGAUGUUAAUACUUUGGAUGUUGAAUGGGUACAUGUUGAUCCUGUAAAUGUUAACGAAGAUAAAAAGAAAGAAGAUUGUAAGCUUAAUUUACCAUCAUCUGUAUUUGCUUCAAAUGUUGAAGAGAAAAUUGGUUUGCUAAAUAAAGCUGCACCAGUAUCUGGACUUAGAUUAGAUAUAGAUCCAGAUAUAGUAGCGGCAUUGGAUGAUGAUUUUGAUUUUGAUGAUCCAGAAAAUGAAUUAGAAGACAAUUUUAUAGAAUUGGCAAAUGCUAAGUGUUGUGAUGAAGGAGACCUUGAAGAUGAGGAAUAUGAAGAUGAAUUUAGCGAGGAAGAAGAUACCGAUGCUUCAAGUAAUGGUCAGAUGGAACUUUCCGAUGAAGAAAGAGAUGAAUUAUGUAGCUUAAAUGGUCCUCAACAUACUUUCAAGGAUGAAGAAACAAAGUCAAGAUUUACAGAAUAUUCAAUGAGUAGUAGCGUAAUGAGAAGGAACGAGCAACUGGCACUGUUGGAUGAAAAAUUUGAUAAAAUGUAUUCCGUAUACGACGAUAAUGAGAUUGGUGCUCUAGAUUGGGACGACAUAGAAGGACAUAUUGCAUCUGAUUCUAAUAUGGUUUUACAAUGUGCCAAAGAAUUUGAAAAAUUACAAAAAGAAGAUAUGGAAAAUGUAGCAGAACUUAUGCGAGAAAGAAUGAAAAUUAUAGAACAAGAGUACUCAAGUUCUGAUGAAGAUGAUUUAAUAAAGUUAUUUGUUGAUGCUAGAGAAAAAGAUAAAUGGGAUUGUGAAAGUAUUAUAAGCACAUACAGUAAUAUUUAUAAUCAUCCUAAACUUAUUGUAGAACAAAAAGUUCCAAGGAAAAUAAAAAUUCAUUCUAAAACUGGUAUACCAAAAGAUGUAUUAGAUGGAUCACCAGGAAAAUUAACUUCAAAAGCAUUAGCGCAAUUUAAUUUACAAAAUAAAGAUACAAAAUCGACAGAUACACGAUCUGUAGCAGAGACUAUGAAAUCUAAUUUAAGUGUUUUAAGUAUAAGGCCCAAGGAUGAAUCUCCUGAUGAAAGAAAAAAAAGAAAAAAAGCAUUAAAAGAAUACAGAAAGGAAAGGAGAAUAGAACGUAAAGCCAACAAAGAAGCAUUCAAGGAAGAAAAGAAACGACAAGAGAAGAUAUUGCUAAAUACUAGACAAAAUAUUCAGGGUAAUCGUAUAUUGUAAUGAAGUGAAUGCUGUAAAAUAAAUUAUAUUUGUUGUUUUUAUGUAUCAUAAAUAAAAAAAAAAAAAAUUUUUUUAAUUUAA